AUGCUACCCCGUGUUCAAGCUCACAGACUUCACCUGUUCAGAUCCAGACCGACAGCUACAAACAAGUCUCGGUUGCUCUUACAUUGUUCGAGUCUACCUUCGCCGAUUCAGACGGUUAUUUCGUCUUCGGUAUCUCCAUCUCAUCUACCCUUUUGGCGACUAGCCGCACAAUAUAGCUCGCAUAGCUCCAACGCCAGCAAUAUUUCCCGUGCCAUUCCACCCAAAAUGGCCACCUCUACCAAUAUCCAUCUGUCAGUAGAGACAGACUCGGGCAUCUACAGCUCAGGAGCGAGGGAAGAUACUGCGCGGACCGCCAGCGAGGUCUUGCAGGAGGACAUGAAAAACCACCAUGUCUUCUUCAACGAUGAAGGGUUCCAUAAUCACAUCCCCCACCAUGUCCUUACUAUCUUUGCGCUAGGCGCAAAACCAGAGGAUAUCAAGGCUUGCUAUGAGCGGAAUAAAAGUUACCAAAGACCCGCACUACCGGCGAACCAAGAUAUUAUCCAGUCUAUGCACGAUCCUGCCAAGUUUAUGGAGUGCUUUGGGAAGGAGAAGCAUUAUCCUGAUUUCCUGGCUUUCUUCCAGGGUGAGAUUUCUGCGAAGGGCGUCGGUACGGUUCUGGCGGAGUAUGUCUUUGCGGAAGAUAAGCGGGCUGAGAGUAUGAUAUGUCGACUUUAUGGUGGUCUGGUUCAUCCACUCAUCCAGCUCGGUUUCGGAAUUGAGUUCAACCAGCCUGCCAUCGUGGCCCAGGGCCUUGCCCAGACGGCUGUGCAUGAUGACUGGCUUGGCCGUCAAUUCUUCCUAUCGGCAGAGAAGAUGGCGGGUGGCAUCGGAAAGCCCGGCCAGAAGUCGCUGUUUCAGCUCUUAAAUGAGAUCCGGAACGAUAAGGAUCUUGUUGAGAGUGUUCGGUGGUCUGAUGUUAACAAGAUCAGGGAUGGCGUGCUGCAUAGAGCACCGGAACAGAUGUUGAAGUAUGCUUCUCAGUUUACUGUCUCUGAGGAUCAAGUGGAGGAGCGGUUGGCAGAUAUGAUCAAUACAGUCGUCUAUUAUACUAGUGCCGCCCAGCGUCCGACCAAGGAGAUGAGACUUGACUUUUUCUUCAUCCACUGUGUCAAUUCAUCGAUCUUCUUCUCUAAGAUCAUCAACCUUCCAUUCUUGGACCAACGAUCCAAGCUGCGCAUGUUAGAAUGGAAGGGACGCAUGGAUCUUCUAAUGUACACUUCACGCGCAUCGCCGGAUCUCCUCCUGGAUGAAGUAACCAACUAUCCCAUAAAGGAGGAGUGGUCAGAGAUAUUCGCACGCAGCAUCGCUCACCCAGAUGAUGAUGGACAUCUAGCCAAGCUGUCACGGGCUUUAGCCCAUGGUCAGAAAGUGUGCCAACAAUUUGAGAAGAAAAUCCCGGAGAUGCCAAUAAAGGGAGACAUGUGGCUUCGAAUUGGGAAUCUCGCUGUUGACGCCACGGUUGAGAAGGGGGACAGACCCAUGUGGGUCCGUUCUACUGGUUUUGAUGAAGCAUGGGAACCUAAAGGGCGUGCAAAUAUCUGA